GGCUCCAUGGACAAGAAGGUGGUGCUGAUCACGGGCUGCUCCUCGGGGAUUGGCCUCAGCCUGGCUGUGCGGCUGGCCUCUGACCCCAGCAAAGCAUUCAAAGUCUAUGCCACAAUGAGGAACCUGGCCAAGAAGGAACGUCUUUUAGAGUGUGUGAAAGGUCUGCACAAGGACACCUUGGACAUUCUCCAGAUGGAUGUGACGGACCGACAGUCCAUUCUGGAUGCGAGGGACAGGGUUGUGGAGAAACGAGUGGACAUUCUGGUGUGUAAUGCUGGUGUGGGUUUGAUGGGGCCGCUGGAGCUGCAGUCCUUGGAGGCGAUGAGGCAGAUUCUCGAGGUCAACCUCUUAGGUACCAUCCAGACCAUCCAGGCCUUCCUUCCGGAGAUGAAGGCUCAGGGCAAGGGCCGCAUCAUGGUCACCGGCAGCACUGGUGGGCUUCACGGUCUCCCUUUUAAUGAGGUAUACUGUGCCAGUAAAUUUGCAAUUGAGGGAGCAUGUGAGAGUUUGGCUGUCCUCCUGCAACACUUCAAUAUCCAUGUGAGUCUCAUUGAGUGCGGCCCAGUCAACACUGACUUCCUGGUCAACCUGCAGAGGGCGGAGCUUGGACAUACGUCUCUCCAACAGGUGGAUACCCACACGCUCAGCCUCUAUGAAAAAUACCUGCAGCACUGCGGCUCAGUUUUCCAAAACGCUGCACAGGACACCGAGGACAUUGUAAAGGUAUUUCUAGAUGCCAUCCAGUCACCCAGCCCUGCAUUCAGAUACUUCACCAGCGGUGUCGUUCCACCUCUCACCCAACUGAAGAUCACAGAACCGGAUGGUUCGCAGUACAUCCGUGCUAUGAGCAAAAUCAUUUUCUCAUCCGAGGAACAAUAACUUCAAGCCUCUGCUUCAUGUGGAGACUUGGUGUUCCUUUACUUUAUGUGCAGUGGUUAAUAUUUUGCUGCUUUAAUUUGGAUUACUGGAAUAAAGUUGAUGCCCUCUGACUCACUGUUGUUGCUCAACUGGAGAGGGCAGUAAGUUCAGGUUUUGUGAGUAGAGUUCACAGAAGGGAGUCACUCUGUGCUUCUAUUUUUGUGUCACUUAUCGAAACUUACAUUCCUUAUUUAAAAAAAUCUAAAAAUAGGCCAUUUUCUUUGGUGGAGAAAUAUUUGAUAAGGAUUAUGUUUUAUGUUUUGAGUGACACAACAGAUUUUGCAUUCCAGACGUGUUCGCACACACAGGGCCUGUAAGAAGCAUAUUUUCACAGGGAUUUUUCUGGACACGCUGUUAAAGUGAAAACACUCUAAGAAUGUACUUAUGUAAUUUGUGAUUGGCUAUUUUGAGCAAAUAGGGACAACUUGCUCCAAGGCAUGAAAUAAGAAAACAACAGGAGUUUCUCCACUG